CACGAGCCGGAUUUCCUCGGGAUGGGGUUGGCAGUUCGUAAAGUGCGCCGCCACGGCGUUUUUCUCUUCCGCACACGAUGCAGCCAUCGUGCGUGCCGUCCAGGUCCGGACGACAGCCUUGGCCGACGACGGAAUCGAACGUGUUUGCAAAGAUCACCACGUCGAUCGUCACGUCGAAAGUCCCGAGCUUGUUUGCGACCCAGGGCACGACCGUGCAUGUGAUCGAAGUGACGAACACAGUCACGAGGAACGCUUUCCGAAUUGGCAAGACGUUCCACGACUUCGACGAUUUCGUGAAGCAGCUGCAGCGUGUAUUGGCGAGCCAAGAACACUCUCCGUGCGACAACCCAGGAUGUACGACCUUGCUCGAGCUGACCAAGGAACGCAUGCCGUCGCGUACCCUUAUUUCUCGGACUCCCGAAGUCGCGCGUCGCCGUGAAGAAAACUUCCAGAGCCUUAUGGACCUUUGGUUUUCAUUCAUCAACACGUCUCGGGAAAGCACAUGCCGCACAGCGUUGGCAAACAUCCCAAACGCUCUCAUCGUGUUCUUGUUUGACGGCGCCAAGAUGAACACACUUCGAUUUUGGGUGCCACGGUCACGCAGUCAUCGCGGUAAACGCAUUCCUCGCGGAGUGCUCAAAGAAAUCAUGCGUCUCGCCGAGGAUGAGCGGCAGCGUGCUGCCGCGGCUGCUGGCCACCACCAUGUCGACGAGGCGUCCGCGGAGGUCAUGGCCGACAACGACACCGUGCUGUCCGUGUUUCGAUCGUGUGGCAGCACCAUUCACGACAACGACAACGCGGACGAAGAAUCCCACGAGGAACUAGCCAUCCAUCUCCAGAACUUGCGCAUUGCAAUCCACCAAGUCAAAGACCUCGACCAGCUCGCACACAUUGAGACGGACGUGCUAGCGAUGAUGCAUCAGCAGAGGUCGCACCUCCUGUCCAACGCAGAAACCAGUCACGAAUACAGCGGCGCCCAGCCCACUCCUUAACUCAGUAGGAAUUUGCUUACCACUGUGCCUUGUGGAGGAUGUCGUACACUCAGUGCCUUACACAGCGCUUCCGCCUCGUUAGCGCGUGCCAGGGCUUUAUCUUUGCGACGCAAUGUCUUGCACGAUCUCCCGGGCGUGCAAGCCCCGCACGUGCGUCGGGAGUACUUCCAGCAAGGAAAGGUUGAUCUGUAAGUACAGUUGCGUGGAUUGAGUGCGCUACUGUUGUCGUAGUCAUGGCGGAAUAUGGAUGUAGUUGGGCGAGGUUAGGCAUGGACGAGGCGGUGAAUGAGCGCCUCGCCGUUCUCGCCACUUACAACCAUCUUGGCGUGGCGGACGAGCGCUGUAUCAACUUCGUUCUUCUUGGAAGCGUAUUCGAAUUCGCGCUUGACAGCUAGCGCUUGAGCCGAGUUGGCUUCGGCGGUGGCAGCGGCCAAAAUGCCCGCCGCCGUCUUUUUCGCGACAUCGACCAGGGCCUGUUGCCUGAUCUCUUCGGCCUUUACGCGCUGCUCGUACUCACGUUGGGCGGCGACGAGCAGCAUCAUCGCGUCAUUGCGUUUUUUCGUUGCGGCGGCGGUCGCGGUCGCGAACGCAACAUCGCGCUUUCCCUCGGUCGCGAGAAUGAGCGCGGCGUAUUUUGCCUUUUCGUUGAUGCACGUGACUUCCAUCUUGCUUUCGCUGUCCAGGAUGAGCUUCUGUCGAGAAAUGAGCUCCCGCUCCUUCUUUGCCACAAGAUCUUUAAUGUUGCGGUCGUUGGCCUUUUGGAUCGCCGUGAGAAGCUUGGUUUCGUCGUUCAGAAGCAUGCGCAUGUCGUUCUCGUGCUUCUUUUCCUGCUCCUCCAUUUUGGUCUUGAAAGCAGUCGUCUUUUCGAGGGUGGCCGACAGCCGGGUCGGCAGCGCUACGUUUGUAACCUUAACGUUAUGGAUCACGACGCCGUGUGCGACGAGCUUGUGAUUCAGGUCCCGCUUCAUCUCGCUUGCAAACUCUUCGCGCAGGUCAUGGACUUGAUCGUGGCGCACCGAAUGCACGAGCCCGCGAAUGCCCUCGGCUGUCAGCAUCGAGAUGAGCUCGUUGAAGCGCUGGGCUCCAAGCAUGUACACAAACUUGACCGCGUCGUCGGCGGUCGGGCCAAUUUGAAAGUUGAUCGAGAUGUCAAUGUGCACCAUCACGUUGUCGGACGUUGGGCACCGCUCAACCUGGACCGAGUACGCGACGGCGUGCUUGGUCACGAUGUGAGAGACGCGGUUGUACGCGGCCCACACCGGGAUCAACCCCGGUUCGAGGAUCCCCGCGUGGGCGUUCCACUUUUGGUACAGCACCCACAUCCCCGACGGAAUGCGCACGAACGUGUCGCAAAAGUGGGGGUACUUGGGCACGAGGACGAUCGGGAUGCUGCCGUCCUUGGUCUUCUGGUUGAAGUGGGCUUCCGCAUGGAGAGGCUUGCGAAUCGUCUGUUGGACGACCAUAGUAUGCUUGGGUGGGUUCGACGGUGUGCUCAUGGCAGCGUGAGUUAGCAAAUGCGCCAACUCAAACACUGCGCGAACGACAGGAUCUUGUUGCAGAGCACCCAGGCGUUGUGGCGCGUGCUGCGAGUUGAUUCCAAC